CUGCCUUUUAAACUUCAAUUGCUUUAUGUCUUUCAAACUGUGAGUGAUUAGAGAAGAAGAUGGCGGUGAGAAGGAAAGUGGGUAUAGCAGUGGAUUUCUCACCAUGCAGCAGGGAAGCACUGAGGUGGGCCUCUGAAAAUCUAGUUAAAGAGGGAGACCAUCUUAUCCUCAUCAGUGUUCAACCUUCCUCCAACUAUGAGCAAGGAGCAGCACAGCUUUGGCAAGCUACGGGCUCUCCUCUAAUUCCACUCAUGGAGUUCUCCGACCCCAGCAUAACCAAGAAAUACGGUGUCAAACCAGACGCGGAAACACUCAGCAUACUCAACACUGUCUCCCAUCAAAAUGGAAUAGAAGUAAUGGCCAAGAUAUAUUGGGGGGAUGCUGGUUUAAAGAUAUGUGAAGCAAUUGCUGAUGUCCCCUUGAACUGCCUCAUCAUGGGAAGUAGAGGACUCACUGGACUUAAGAGGGCUCUUCUAGGGAGUGUCAGCCGCUAUGUCGUCAACCACGCAGUGUGUCCUGUGGCCAUUGUUAAGGACUCUCAUCAGUCUCAUCGUUAAAUGAUCCAUGCAUGGUUCUAUCAACUUCUAUGUACUUAAUAUAUGGUUUUAGUACUAUAGACAGUAUAGCUGAAUUGCUUAUCGAUGAUAAACAUAGUAUCUAUUAAGAAAUCAUCUCAGGCAUUCAGAUUAAUUACAGGUUUGUUUGGUUAUAGCUAUUUCAUGAAAUAGUUUUAGUUGGAUUUUGCCCUAGCAUAGUUUAUAGUAUUAAUAGUAUGACUGAUUUUUACCAAAAAUGGGUUUGGGGAAAAGAUUGCUA